AUGCCCAUGUGUGGCAACCGGAUGAGGAUGAAGAACCUGGUAGGGCCGAUCAAGCUUUUCAACAAGUCCGAUUUGUCAUACCGGAUGAGCAUGAAGAACCUGGUAGGGCUGAUGAAGCUUGUCAACAAGUUAGAUUUGUUUUUCAAACCCUUAGAGCUUGAAGAUGAAAAUGGACGUGUGAGAGAGAGAGUUGAAGAAUCUUGGGAUACCAGCUUGUUGAGGCGCUCCGAACUGCUUUCCUCUGAUGACAUAAUUGUUUACAUAAUUGACCAUUUAACUGACGCUGGAUUUUACGAUGGUGAUAUUGAAGAGAUGCUGGAUGGAAUUUUCAAUGAAAUAAUCUUCAUUCUGUAUAAAGAAGAGAAUUCCAAACUCGGCGUAGUACCGAUAAGGUUAUGUGUUUUCAGAUGGGAACGUUGGGAAGAUGAGGCUGCAGAGGCAGAUGAGGACAUGGCAAUGGAAGAAGCAAUGGCAGAAACAGCUCUGAAGCCAGUGCCUGCAACUAAAGAAUCCAUACAGGCAUUACGCAAGGUCAAGCUUGGAGAUAUUAUUCCUCGUUUUUCUUCCGAACAAUGUGUGAUUUGCUUUGAGGAACUCUCACUGCAGGCAAAGGAUGAUCUCACAAGCAUGCCAUGUUCUCAUCUCUUUCAUGAAAAUUGCAUCGUCAAGUGGCUGAAUACCAGUCAUUUGUGCCCAUUGUGCCACUUUCCGAUGCCGACUAAUGCCAAUGGUCAAUAA